CUCGAUAUGUUAUAUAGCCAGCUUGUGAAUGUCACCAUUUUUUUUCCAUUUCCGAAUCAAAAUUUGUCGGCAUCAGUUGCGUGUUGUGCUUGCUUGAUUAAAUAUUAACAAGAGAAAAAAAUCUCACGAAAAAAAUGGGUUUGGAUUUUUACACAUUGGACGGAUCUGCUCCCUGCAGCAUUGUUCAAAUGACUGCAAAGGCUGUUGGCGUCGAAUUGAAUUUAAAACCGGUUGAUCUGUUCACCGGCGAACAUCUGAAGCCGGAGUAUUUGAAGCUGAAUCCUCAGCAUGCCGUGCCCACUCUGGUUACCGAAGAAGGCGUAUCGUUAUGCGAAUCUCGUAGCAUCGCCACAUAUCUGAUCGAAAGAUAUGCCAAGGACGAUUCGCUCUAUCCCAAGGAUCCAUUGAAACGGGCCAUUGUCAAUCAACGUCUGUUCUUCGACAUGGGAACGUUUUAUCAACGGCUGAUGGAUCGGUACUAUCCAUCGUUGUUUCCAACGUUUAAGGGACGCGUUGUGCCUGACGCCGAGGAAAAAUUGAAAGAAGCUGUCGGCUUUUUGAACACUUUUCUGGAUGGAAAUGCAUUCGUUGCUGGAAGUGAAUAUACCGUCGCCGAUAUUUCAUCGCUUGCCUCCGUGGAAACGUUGAAGGCUUGCGACUUUGAUAUCAGUUCGUAUCCGAAUGUUGCUGGUUGGUAUGAUCGUGCCAAAGCCGUCACUCCAGGAUUCGAUAUCAACGAGAAACAUGGCGUCGCAUUCAGGAAAUUCUUCGGUUAAACCGGAUGUGCCAGUUUAGGUCUCGGAAUCAGCAGUUUAUCAAACGAAUAAUGAAUGUAAAUGCACUGCAGAGCAUCGUGUUUUGUCAUUUUUGUGCACAAAUAAUUGAUUAAAAAAUUGUUGCACCCUCUA